UUAAACGAUUCGAAAUAUUUGUGACGAGUGAAGUGCACUGAAGAUAUUUCUCGCACUUAUCAGUGUUGUUGGUGUGCAUUUGUCAUCUUUUGUAUCUUUUCAUAAUUCAAAAAAUCCGAGUCUCCUAGACGGUGCCAAAAAUUGUGAUCAGUUUAAAGAUUCAUCGCGAUCUAAUAACGUUGAGGAUCAAUCAUCAGCAUGACUGGUGGAAAUAACACUGAGAAAUCAGCCAAUAAUCCUUUAGAGCAGUUUGUAUUGCUUGCAAAAACUGCAAAAGGUGCUGCUGCCAUAGAACUCAUAAGGCAAGCUGUUGAAACACCUGGCGUUCAUGUUUUUGGUGAAUUAUUAGAUAUGCCAAAUAUCAAAGAGUUGGAGAAUGGGCCUUAUGUCCAAUAUUGGAAUACUUUGAAUCUGUUUGCAUAUGGCACCUAUAAAGAUUAUUUGGAUAAUAAAGAGAAAGUGUUAGAAUUAACUCCUAUACAAAAAAAGAAACUUCAACAUCUUACAAUUGUCACUCUUGCUACAAAAAACAAAUGUAUACCUUAUUCGGUAUUGUUGGAAGAGUUAGAUAUAAAGAAUGUUAGAGAUCUAGAGGAUUUAAUUAUUGAAGCAAUAUACGCAGAUAUAAUUCAUGGGAAAUUAGAUCAAAAAAAUUCACAAUUAGAAGUAGAUUAUGCUGGUCUAGGACGAGAUGUACGACCAGGUGAUACUGGUGUAGUAGCUGAAACCUUAGCUGCUUGGGGUGAAGCGUGCGAUACAGUUUUAUCUUGUAUCGAGGAUCAAAUAUCUAGAGCUAAUGUUGAAAAACAAAAAGCUACUUAUCACAAAGAAAGAAUACAGAGAGAUAUUACGAAUAUAAAGAAAUCUCUCGCAGCUCAAGCAGGAGGUAGUAGCAUUCAAGAAGCUGAUGUGGCUGGCGGUAGUUCUGGCGCAGGAGGAAGUGAAUCAAGUAGAGAAGCUAUGCCGGUGCUAUCGGAGAAGAAGAAGUUACAGAAGGUCAAAUGUAUCAAAGUCAGUGGGCGUGAAGAAUUUAAUUAGGAUUUGACUCUAGAUGAAAAUUUGAUAAAUAAUGCAAGAUGCAUUGCAUAUUUAUCAAUGCAUACGUGCCUACCCAUUGCCAGAAAUCACAUAAAACGGUAUGCCCAUUGUGACGAGUUGAUCGAUGCUUACGUGUACUUCCAACGAUAUUAUCGUUCGUACUGUUUGCGUUGAGACUUUAUAGAUUUUCGUUUUGUAAGGAUUUAUAAUCGCUAAACAAUUCAUUGACGCAUAACUAGUCGAAAAGGUCGUUUUUGAAGAAUCUUGUAUGUUCAGAAAAUUAUCAAGGUAUACUACUGAUGUAGUUUAGCAAAAAAAAAAAAAAAAAAAGAAAUGUCAGCCGUCUAUUGAAGAGCGUUGUAAUUGCUACUCGAAUAAAAGGAUAAUAUAUUUUA